CUUCACUUACUAUUCGACCCUUCUAGUUCCACGCCGGCCAUCUCUCUACCAACACAACUCCUCUCAACUCCACCCAAACAUGUCACUAGCAAUUCACCCCCACCUGAGUUCCCAUGCACCUCUCCACACCAAAUCCCUCCCCCUCUCCAUGGGCCCCACACUCCUCCGCCACCUAAACCACCACACUCGCCGCCGCGCCCUCUCAAUCACCGCCUCCGUCAAACAAGACACCACCGUCUGGACCCAGACACCACUCGUCUCCAUCAAACCGGCCGCCGAGUCACUCUUCCACGUCACCGUCGACGUGUCCGAGUCGCCGGAGGUUGCCGCGUCCUACAAGUCUCCCGGCCAGUACCUCCAGCUCCGGCUGCCGGAGGUGGAAAAGCCGGCGUUCCUCGCGAUUGCGUCGCCGCCGUCGCUGGCGGCGGAGAGAGGCGUGUUUGAGUUUUUGAUCAAGAGUGUGGCUGGUUCCACGGCGGAGAUUUUGUGUGGACUUAGUGGCGGAGAUGUUGUUGAAUUGACGUCGGUGAUGGGGAAGGGGUUUCCGAUUGGUUCGAUAUCGCCUCCGGAGGAGUAUCAGUCUGUUUUUAUUUUCGCCACGGGCUCUGGAAUUAGCCCAAUCCGGUCUUUGAUCGAGACAGGGUUUGGUGCUGAUAAGAGAUCUGAUGUGAGGCUCUACUACGGUGCGAGAAACCUCAAGAGGAUGGCAUAUCAGGAUAGAUUCAAAGAUUGGGAAUCAUCUGGCGUUAAAAUUGUACCUGUAUUAUCUCUACCGGAUGAUAAUUGGAAUGGUGAAAGUGGCUACGUACAGGCUGCCUUCUCUAGAGCUGAAAAAAAUUACAACCCAGAAUCCACUGGUGCAGUGCUCUGUGGUCAGAAACAGAUGGCCGAGGAGAUUACUUCAGCCCUUGUAUCUGAUGGAGUAUCCAAGGAGAAGAUUUUAAUGAACUUCUGAUAGCAUUCAAAUGGGCAUUAUAGUGUUGUAUUAUUAAUCUUAAGACAUUUGCAACAGAUUCAUUCAUUGAAUACCUCACUGUCUAUAGGCUGAUCAAAUAUUAGAAAAUAUAAUCAAUUUUGGUAUAGAAUAUUUGUCAGGAUUCUA